UUCAAGUGUAGACAUUGUCGUAUACGGAAAACCAAAUUUUAUUUUUACACACAUUUAAACUAUGGACGGAAAAAAGGUGGAAAAGCGCUUCGUAAAACAACUGGCUCCCUGAACUUAUCGACAGAAUUAAAAAAGCGAUCCUACGGGAUUUCCCCACAGAACGGGAUACGUUUCGGAGCAAGAGAAUGGAACUAUAUGACCCUCUUUAAAAAUUCAAAAGAACCUAUGACCGUUACAAAGAGUGCUCCUCAGGAGUUUGAGAGUCAGUCUCAUGGGGAAAGCCCCGGAAAAUCUGAGCUGAAGAAACUCGAUCCAGUUCGCUCUCCUUAUGCCCGUGAAAGGGAGUCCAGGAACCAGAAGGAAAGGAAGAUAUCCAAGUCCAUCAAGCGCCUGGUUAAGAAGAAACCGAGUCCUGUGCUAAAGAUUCGCGACAAAAGUCCUUUGGGCUCAGCGGUGGCCUAUAUUCAUUUUAUGCGCAAGAUUCAAUCACUAAAUUCUCAUUUGUCGGGCCCUGAACUAUUGAACAAGGCAGCUCGUGUUUGGUGCGUUCUGACUGAAAGUCAGCGCAAGCAAUUUGAUCUAAAUUUAAAGGUUUAUAAGAGAAGUAAUGGCUACAAUUUUCUAAAAAUUGUGUAAAUUGGACCGAAAGCACUUUGUAAAUAAAAGGAACUGGGUUUUGAAAACU